UUCCCCUCAACAUCAACGUUAUUCCUUGAUUUCACUGCCAUUCUUCCCCGCUUUUAUUCCCGGCUGCUUGGACCCCGGGCCCAGAAUCUCAUACUCUCAAUGCGAAUGUGCGAGCUGACUGACCCUGUGUCAAGCGCCGUCCUCCAAGACAGGAGCUGUCGGAGCCGGCCGCUGACCGGAAAGCCGUGGAGGUCAAGAUAGUUGGGGGGAAGGGGGGGGGUCAGCCGUUUAUCAGAUCUUGCCAUCCCCCCAAAUACUUCUCGUUAUCUGGGCCCCAGACAUGGGAUGCGGCCCAAUGGCAGAAGGCCAGACGAUAAACAUGGAGAAGGGCGGUGCUGUGCUCCAAGUUCGUGGAGUUCGCCAGUUUCGAUCCCCCAAUGACCUAAUAGAAUUGGUACCUUUUGAGGGUUUGACAUCCGUGUGGGAGAUAACGCUCCCAAUGGGCCCGAUAUCCCCCCAGAUAUCGCUAUUCCCUAUGAACCAGACGCUAGUCCCUAGGUGCAUUCAUGUCCCCACAAGCUAUGCCUCCCUAGGUUCUUGGAACUACACUCCAAUAUCAUCGGUUGCUGUGCUAGGUACUAUGAUUGUGCCAGAACCACAGAAGUGAAGGGUGAAAUUCAUGUCUAAGACGAGAAUCAAGAUGAGAGAGUCAGCGGCCCACAACCUCCCAAAGUUCAAAUACUACCUGGGCACGUUACAAGGUAGUUAGGUAGGUACCUACUUUCAUCUGGAAGGUCUUUUGCCUCGGCCAAGUGCCUAUAUGCGUUGAUUAGCUAGGUACCUUAGGUACUUGACCCACCGAGUUGGGCGUUAUGUUGUUUCAAUAUUGAAGUUGAGGACAUUGAGAACAGUGACUUAGGUACUAGAUAUUGAAGCCGGUCUCGAGUUCAAUGGCAACCGAACACUUUGAUUGAAGCAAGGCUUCAAGGUUCCUAGGGAGCAACAAGACUUGGUCUUAGUAGUUAGC